AUGGCGUCGUCCUCGGCCGCGGCGCUCGCCGCGGAGUUCGAGACCGCGAAGCUCAUGCGCGAGUGCGCGGAACGAGAGGUCGCGGAGCGCGACGCCGUGGACGAGAACGGGCACCCGGUCAUGACGCACCGAGCGGUGGCGUCGAUCGUGCGCGAGUGCAAAGGCUUCAUCGUCCCCGAGGUGAACGACAAGCUCUGGCUGCAGAACCGGCGGUGGAAGGUCGUCCAGGGCUUGGAGAAGUUCACGGGCGUCGGCGUCCUACACCUGGAGAACAACCAGAUCGGCCCGACGCUGGGGCCCGGGCUCAGGCACAUGACGAAGCUGAAGCUCCUCAACCUGAGCUGCAACAUGAUUCGAACCGUCGACGUGAAUCUCGCGGCGAACGCGCAGCUGUCGCUGCUGAACCUCGCGACGAACCAGAUAUCGUCCUUCACCGAGGGCGGCCUCCCCGCGUCGCUGAACACGCUCACGCUGGACAGCAACUGCCUCGACCGCGCGGCCGCGAUCGCGCCGCUCGCGUCGCUCCCCAAUCUCGAAGUCCUCGACCUCCAGCGCAACAAGCUCGACGGCGAAGACCUCUUCCCGCUGUUCGCGUCGUUCAAAGCGCUGAAGGUGCUGUACCUUCAAGGGAACCCGAUCCAACGCGCGCCCAACUACCGCCGGAAGCUCGUCUCGUCGUGCGCGUCGCUGACCUACUUGGACGCGAGCCCGGUGGAGGAGCUCGAGAAGACCGGCGCCGCCGCGUGGGCCCGCGGCGGCGCCGACGCGGAGAUUUCCGCGCGGCGGAGCUUCCACGAGGAGAGACGCGCGGCGCAGCGGGCGACGACGCGACGCAUCGCCGCGGAGCGCGCGGCGCGCAGAGCCGCGGCGAGCAUCGGCGACGACGCGUCCGGGCGCCGCGUGUUGCUCCCCGACGCGAUGAGAGCGCUCGCGACGUUCGUCUUGGACGACGCGUGGGCUUCCGCGUUGUCCGAACGCGACUGCCCGGUGUGCGUGCAGCCGCUCAAGGCGGGGGAGAGGGCGCUGCCGCUGGACGCGUGCGGGCACGUGUUUCAUCUCGCGUGUCUCAAGCCGUGGCUGACGCAGGCGAGCGCGACGUGCCCGCUGUGCCGCGCCGCGGUCGUCGCGCCCUCGGGCGGCGUCGCCGCCGCGGAGACGGGCGAGGCGGCGAAGGCGGCGGCGAAGGCGGGCGAAGACGCGGACGCGGCGCGGGCGCGGACCGACGGCGGGGGGCUCUCCUCGGACGACAUCCCCGGGCGGUGGAUGCGCGCUCCGGUGUCAAACUUCGUGUUGAGCAUGCCGUCGAUCGGCGCGACGCCGUCGCCGGGGGGUUUCUGCGCCGGGAACGAUUUCACGGACGGACGAAGCGGCGGCGAGGGCGGGCGCGUCGACGUCGACGUCGACGGCGACGGCGACGGCGACGCGGAUCGACCGGAGCGGACGAUCACCGCGGGGCAGAGAGAGACGAACGCGAUCAUUCAGUCGCAUCUCCGGAAGCGGUUCUCGAAGCUGUCAUCCUCGCGCGCGGCCGUGGAGGCGGACCAGCUCUACGCGGAGGCGAUGUUCGCCAGGGCGAAAGAGCGACGCGCCGAGGCGAGGGAAAAAGCGGCGGCGGCGGCGGCGGCGGGCGCGGACGGGGAGGUCGCGACGACGACGACGACGGCGGCGGCGCGCGAGGAGGCGAAGGCGCGCGUCGCGGCGGACGUGGGCGAGACCGCGGGUCCGGUCGAGCCGGAGCCGGAGCCGGAGCCGGCGGCGGCGGCGGCGGAGCCCGAGCCCGAGCCCGAGCCCGAGCCGGCGACGGCGGCGACGCCCUCGGUGGACGGCACCGCCGCCGAGAGAAUCGCGUUCGCCGCACAACUGCUCGCGCGAAGCGCUCCCGCGUCGCACUAG